GUCACCCAGUUAUGCCCGAGCGUGUGUGAAGGCUGGACGUGUUGUGAGGACUUUAAGAGGUGUUCAUACUACUGGUGGUGCUGGUGGUGUUCGCUUCCCCGGAGAGUGUUGCCAGAGUGUCAGGGUGUUGCUAGGGUAUCAGGGUGUUGCUAGGGUGUCAAAGUGGAGUUAGUGUGUCAAAGUGUUGUUAGGGUGUCAUAAUGGGUAACCAGUUGGAUGACCUCCUUGUACAUUUAGGCACUGGAAGAUGGACUGUGCUUCACUGCGUGGCUAUGGCUUACAGUUCUUUGUUCCUCGCACCACACACAUUUGGAGGCGCAUUUUUAGCUCCACGUCUCGACUUCGCCUGCCUUCCUUCGUAUAACUCAUCCCUGCCCAACUCGGCCUUCUCCAACUCGGCUCCUACCAACUCGGCCCUUACCAACUCGGCCCUCUCCACCCUGCCCAGCCCUUCUCAAGCCUCGUUACAGGGAGUGUGUCACUAUGUUGUGGAGACUCCGAAGGGUGAGGUGGCGAAGGAAUGUGUGGAGUUUGCCUUCGAUAACUCCACCUUCUCCUCCACUGUCACGUCUGAGUUCAACCUGGCGUGUGAUAGAGCCUACUUGCAAACCUCCUUCCAGAGUCUCUACAUGCUUGGAAUCUUCUUUGGGGCUCCCGUCACCGGCUACCUCUCCGACAAGUACGGCAGGAAGCGCACGGUGGUGAUGAGCACAGUGGUGUACCUCGCGCUGGGUCUGGUGUCUGCCUGGCUGCCUCUUCUCUCCCUCAUCCUCGCCUCACGUUUUAUCAUGGGCUUCUUCCACUCUGCCGUCUCCUACAUCUCAUACGUCCUCAUGGUGGAGGUGCUGGAGCCGAAGAUGAGAAUAGUGGCAGCUUUCGGCGCCUACAACGUGUGGGUCUUGGGCACCAUGCUGUACGGAGGGCUGGGAUACGGCAUAAGGGACUGGAGGAUCUUGCAAACUGUUAUGACACUUCCUGGUCUUCUGUUGCUUCCUAUGUUGUGGUGGGUGGACGAGUCCCCGCGGUGGCUGAUCGUGAACGGGCGGUGGCGAGAAGCCCUGCAGGUGCUGACCAAGGUGUCCCGCUGGCACGAUGUGGACCUUCCCCCGGAGGCUGAGAUGAAGGCGUUGGUGCAGGAGCAGGCAACCAAGGCACAAAAAGAUUCGGAACACUUAUCAAUUUGGCUUCGUCUCAAGACAGUUAUUUCUGAGGUUCUGGUGCUACUCAGAACGCCACGGCUGAGAAAACGAACCCUUUGCAUCUACCUCGACUUCCUCAUGGCUGGGACUGUCUACUUCGGGCUGUCCUUGAGCGGGGCAAUCAUCAGUGACAACCCUUUCCUGUACAUGGUGCUCAGUGCUCUUAUGGAGGUCCCGGCUUACACUCUUACCAUUCCUUUAGUGAGGAGGUUAGGGAGUAAAGGGCCCCUAUCCUCAUUUUUCCUCACUAGCGGUGUGGUUCUGCUCGCUCUGGCCUUCACACCCUCUGCCUAUGCCACUACAAUUCUGACGCUGGCCAUGCUGGGGAAGGUGGCCAUCACGGGAGGCUUCCAGACCAUCGCCUUCUUCGCCAGUGAACUUUUUCCGACGGAGGUGCGAAGCCGUGGCAUCAGCACCUCCUACAUGAUGUCCAGGAUUGGCGCCAUGGUGUCUCCCUUCAUCACAGACUUGGUGGGCACCAUCUACCCGUGGGCGCCCUUCGUGGUGUUCGGCACAGGCGCUCUACUGGCAGGACUGGGAACACUGAUGCUGCCGGAAACUCGAGGACAGACCCUUCCGGAGACUGUGGCCCAACUAGAGGAGAGGCAGACACGGAGAUGAAUGACUUAACUACCUCUCUCUCUCUCUCUCUCUCUCUCUCUCUCUCUCGCUCACUUUCACGAAAGAUCUAUUUUUUUUUGUGGCUUUCAUUGUUUUUUUUUUGUUGUUCAUCCAUUUCGCUAUUGUAAAAAUUGAAAUGACAAUAUUAAAGUGUUUGUAUCCUUUGUAUAAACCGUAUAGUAUUAUGAAUCUCACCUCAAUGUAAACCCUUAACGAAAUACAGAAUAUGUAUAUCCAAAA